AAAAGAAAGAAAAUCAUACGGGUUUGGAACAACUUGGUCUUCCAGUGGAUUUCCUGAUAUCAAAUUCGGCAGCAUCCAUAUCCUGUAAAUGGGGAACAGUGCGCUCAAAGCUCAUUUGGAAACAUCUCAGAAGACUGGAGUCUUUCAGCUGACCGGAAAGGGUUUGACGGAGUUCCCAGAGGAGCUGCAGAAACUCACUGGAAACCUGCGGACAGUUGAUCUGUCCAACAACAAAAUUGAGGUGCUUCCAGCAUUCGUAGGAGGCUUCCAGCAAAUCAAGAGUCUUACCAUAAGCAGCAAUAAACUGACCAGUCUACCAAAUGACAUCGGGAAACUCAAGAAGCUGGAGACUCUUAUUUUAAAUGGGAACCAGUUGAAGCAGCUUCCUUCAUCGGUGGGUCAGCUGAAGUCCUUGCGCACCUUGACCCUGUCUGGGAAUCACUUCAAGGAGUUUCCUAUUGGACUCGGCACCCUUCGCCAGCUCGAUGUUCUGGACCUGUCCAAGAAUAAGAUCCAGGUGGUUCCUGCAGAAGUGGCCGAACUGCAAGCCAUUGAAAUCAACCUCAAUCAGAACCAGAUUUCAACAGUGUCUCCAGAGGUGUCCCAUGCUCCCAGACUGAAGGUCUUACGGCUGGAGGAGAACUGUCUGGAGCUCUCCUCUAUCCCCUUCUCCAUCCUCUCAGACUCCCAGGUGUCCCUGCUGUCCGUGGAGGGCAACCUGUUUGAAGUUAAAAGGUUACGUGACCUAGAAGGAUAUGAUAAGUACAUGGAGCGUUUCACUGCAACCAAGAAGAAAUUUGCGUGAACAGUCAGAGGCUUGCUGCACCUGUCCUCUGCAUUGGGCUUGCCGUAGAGAGGUUUCAGCUGGGACUGCUUGUGUAAAUGGCAGGACGGGAAUGAAAAAAUGGUCAAGAGUGCUUCACAACUCGGUAGAAUGACGGCUCAGAAACCCCAGCCCUGCUGCUCAUCAUGUGACAGUACAGACAGCACUGUAUGGACCUUGCAUCACUCUUUCUUUUGCAAAGAUUUUAUAAACCGAAAUAUAGUGCAGACUCCGCUUUAUGAGGACAUUUACACUGGAGAAUUGUUUAUUGUAUAUUCAAGUACACUAAUGCCACAUCUGUUUAUAGAAGGUCUGUCCUUCAGAGAGGCUAGUAUAACAAAUAACUAACAUAUUGUUCGUCCUGUACCCUUAAUUUAUUUUAAAAGCAUUAGAGUUAGAACACACCUUUGUUCCUUUUUUCAUGUCUGUUAUUAUUUGAUUAGACCAUUGUUUUGGGCAUCAAUGAGGUUUUAUCUGUUUAACAGUGUUUUGAUUGAACUGUGAUCUCAACUUCAGUUAAAGAAUAUUUGCUGUGAUACUCAUGAAGUAGCCUUUUUUUCUGACAACAAAGGCUGCACAUGAGUCUUUGUCAAUGCCAGUGGAUAUUUAUAUUUGUAACACAAAAUUCCGUUUUAAUGCAGUACAUUUGCUUUUACACAUGUAUACAUGCUGCAUGUUUUCUGACCAUAAAAGUGCAUAACUCAAAAAGCAUUUUAGCAGUUUUUGAGAUCUAAAUCUAUUGUUCUUCAUGGUCAUGUCUAUGUAUCCGUCUAUUACUUACACACUUGAAUGUUAUCUUUGGUGGUCUGUUUAAAGGGAUAGUUUAUCCAAAAAUUACAAUUCUGUUUUCAUUUACCCAC